AUGGCUACUAAGAAGUCAAUGACGAGCGUAACGCGUGGACAAUCUCGCAUGCUGCGCUAUACACAACUUUUGACACCUCUCGGAAACAGAGGUUUGCAGCAGGUGUUGACAGACUUCCAGAUAACCAAUAUAAAGAAAGUCUUUUUUCGCGAGGAAAGCAGGCAAUUGAACCAGGCACAACUCGAGAAGGCCAUCAACGAGUGCGGCGGAAUCAGCUUUGCGGAUGGACAAUUCGAUGUACUCUUUCUGCGCAUCAAUAUUAAACGGGAUGGAUAUGUGACUUGGGAUGAGUUUAUAUCCCACCUGAUUCUGGGCUUCAAAAUACAAGAGGUGAGCGAUGAAGCCAAAGCAUUGGAUGCGCCUAUUUCAAAGAAGCCACGGAUGGUAAGGAGCAACCAUAGGCAUCCGAUAAGCGUGAUCACAUUUAAUUUCCAAGUAAAGUCGGACAGAAGUUGUUCGUAUUCAGAUGGUAGUUAUAUAACGUGCAGCAAGGACGGUUUCAUCAACUAUUGGAGUCUCGAUCUGCAGGUUGAGCGAACCGUUCAAUCCAAAUGUCCAGACUUGAAAGUGACAGACACAUGGGUGCUGAGCGUUGUGUGUUUGCCAGACGUGAGCGUCAUCUGCACAUCCAGCACUGAAAGGGAUCUUAGGUUCUACGAUACAUCGGCCAAGAAAUUCGAGUUAAGAGUGCAGAUUACGUCGUUGGAAUACGGCGUCUGCUCCAUGUGCUACGUGUUUCAGAAGGAUGUGAACGAGGAUUGUAAAUUAAUCAUGGGGGAUAUGGGUGGAAACAUAAUAAUACUAUUAUUUUCGCCGUUGAACCGUGGCCCGUUCCGUAGCAAAUUGGGUAUACCAUUGUUGCGUGUUCGAUAUGAUGCUGUAUUAAAGGGAAUGGAACCGGGUUUUAGAAUCGUAGAAUUCAGGAGGUUGCACCGUGAUUGGGUACGUCAAAUCGAAUAUUAUUACACGUUGAACUUCAUAGUUUCGUGUUCGGUGAGUCAUAAGGCCAUCGUGAUGCGUGAUAUCAAUGAAAACAGGGGAAUUUACACGUACUGUAUACCAAGAGGUGCUUGGUGUUUCACAACUGCUGAUGGAGCUGUGCUUAUGGCGAGUGGUGGGCCAGAUUGUUUGGUGCGCGUUUGGAAUCCGUAUGUAACUCGAAGACCUCUAGUAAUCUUCCACGGUCAUCAUACUGGUGUUAUAUCACUGAUAAUGCAAGAUAAAGGAGAGAUCCUUUGUUCGCUCUCCGAAGAUAAGUGUAUCAAAAUCUGGGAUAUCCCCAAUCAGGCCUGCAUGCAGACGUACUUGGGUUUGGGCGCCGAAAUCGGAGAACAUGCGCAUUUUACUAUGUUCUACAAUCCAGAUAGCAGGCAAUUGCUAAUCGGUGGUUUGAUGAUUGCAGUCUUACCAUUGCGACCGCUUCAAAGCGGCGAACAUACUGAUGGUAACAGCCAUUCAGCUGCGAUAAGCGUGGUAUUGUACAAUCCACUCUUCAAGAUAAUCUUGACCUGCGGCUUGGACAGCAACAUCAUCGUGUGGGAUCCGUGGUCGGGGAAGAGGAUUUCUGUGGUGAAAGAGGCGCACACACGCAUGUUACACGGCGAGAUCAUUCCGGUAGAUAUAACAGCAGGCACCUUUGAUCCUGGCUACCAAUUGCUUUUGACUGGUGCUUACGAUGGUUCCUUGAAAACAUGGAACUUCAACACCGGUACGUGCUUGAGGAACAUGAGGAUCGAAAGAAAUUGCGAGGUUACCGGUGUGGUUUGGGUGAACGGUAGAAUCCUGGCAGUAGGUUGGAACCGCCACGUAACUGAAUUUUCAGACAGCGGCGGUGCUGCAGGUCCGGGUGGAGCAUUCAGUAAGCCUUGGAGCACGCGACACUCCGAUGACGUGCUUUGCGCUUCGGCCAGAAUUCCACAAACGCUGGCUACCAGCACGUAUAAUGGGGAACUAGUUCUUUGGCAAUUGGAGACGGGGCAACCUUAUAAGCAGUACAAUGUGGCCAAUCCCACGGCUAGGAUAAAGAUCAAUUACAAUCUGGAAAAGGAGCGCAACUUGCAGAAACCCCACAAGAUCUUAAAGAAGGGAAAAUUGGUAACAGCCGAGGCAACACCACCGCCACCUCCUCCUCCUCAACCUUUGAAUCGGAGGCGAUCGCACCGUAAGAGCAUCAUAAUGAAAGGACCGCAGCCCAAAAUCGAAAUGGCUUUAAAGUUCACGCGGAUGCCCAAAGAGCUUGUGGUUCCUGACACGAUAAUGCCAAUUCGUGGGCUUGCAGUGAGAUGCAUGCAGUUUCUCCCCUCACGGCCCAUGCAUCCUAAGGUUGGGUCUUUGCUGGUCGCAUUAGAAAAUGGCGAUGUUCAGGUAUGGUCGCAUCACAUAAGUGGUAGCUUCAUCGGGGCAUUCCAGGCUGUCCACGGCGUUGGUGAUUACGUGUUGUCUAUGGCUUCCGAUUCAAACAACGAAUACCUUUUCACCGGGUCCACAGAAGGUUACAUUAAAACGUUUCUGCUGAAGGGCUUCUACGAAAAUACGGAAGAGAAGAUAUGUAUGCCCUUAUAUCGUCUCACCUUUCCGUUCUUGUGGAAGCGAAUGUUCGAGGGUCGAGCGAUGCGAACACUCAAAGACCAACACCGUCCUAUAUUAUUAAACAGCUACAAAGCUCAUCGAUCAAUCAUAUCUGGUUUGAUCUACAUUCACGAGAAUCAGAUAUUAGUCAGUACCGGAGCUGAUUACACCGCACGAUUAUGGACAUUGGGCGGUCGAUACUUAGGUACAUUGGGCACGUUCAAACCAUGGGACUUUAUCGACCCAGAUAAGGUUGUAGAUACCACCUUCAAGUUAAAGAUACCGCCGGACAUCAGGAGGGUGAUGAGUUCUACCACAUGUCGAGUUUUGAUGGGAGAACAUUUCGUAAAGAAGUUGACGAAGAAACAGGAAGCGGCCCAAGCAGAGAAAGAACUUGAAUACAAGGAAGGAACACGUGGCAUCUACGGCAAACGGCUGGAGCAUCCAAUAUUAGGAAACUACAUAAAUGUGCCAGAGAAGACGACGCACAAGUUCGAAAUCAGCCUGGAUUCAACAUUCCCAUAUAUUCCUGUUUACCAGCAUUUGAUUCGACCGGCGCCUGUGGAAUUACCAGAUAUUAGUAAUCCGAUGAAGAAGGACAAGUAGUUUUAAAACAAAUUAUUU